AUGUUACAGCCCUCGUUGAGUACAAGCACUCCACCACCACCUCCACCCAUGAAGAUGAUGAUGAAUGAUCAUUCCUUUGCUUCUUCUUCUCAACCAGUAUAUACUGGCUUGUAUUCAUUCCCAUCCAUGGUUGCUUCCAUGCAAUGUGUGGCAACACCUUCACCACCACUUGCUCAAUCAUCCAACAGUGCAACUCUUUCCAAUCGUACUAUUGCUGCUUCUGCAACACUUAGUAAUGUCAAACAAUGUGCCAACUACAAGUGUGGAACCACAAAGACUCCUCUCUGGAGAAAGGGAUGGACCAUUGAAGAACCUUCCUCAAAGAAUGGUUACAAACCAAAGACCGUCUUUUUGUGUAACAAGUGCGGUCUUCACUAUAGAAAGGGUCAUUAUUGCAAAGAGUGUUUAGAAAUCUUCAAAGAAAGUGACAUGAGAAAUGAAAAACAAUUUUGGCUCAUUUGUUCUCACUGCAAUCAAUGGAUUCACAAGAAGUGUAUGAAAGAGACUUGUCAAGAUGAAACUAAUUAUGUGUGUUGUGAAUGUAAAGAGAAUCCAAAUCGUACUCUCACAACCAAACGUAAGAAGAAAUCAACCACCACCGUCACUCCAAAACAAGUUUCUAGCGAAGAAGAGGAAGAAGAAAUUGUCAUUCCAAAGAGAAGAGUUCAACACAAACGUUCCUAUGAAUCUCCACAAGAAGAGGAAGAAAAUGACAAACCAUCUGAAACUACUAGUCCUGUUCAAAAAGAAGGAUCUACCACUCAUUCUCCAACUUCUCCAAAUUCAAUGCCAUUCAAGAAGAGAAUUAAAGGAACCAUGUCACCACCUACUUCACCACAAUCCAUGAUGCAACCAUUGAAGAUUAGUAGAAUCUAUUCAAAGAUUGCAUCUGAAAUUGAUGGUUACACUACAGAGACAUCCUCUCCAACAACCUCUGAGAAUGAAGAAGACUAUUCUCUUUCCUUCUCUCCAAUUAGAAUGCCAAGUGAUGGUCCAAGGGUGUUCCUUAUCAACCAACCAAUGAGUAUGAACUCUUCUUCAGCCAUUGACAUGUUGGCAUCCAUUUGUGAACAAAUGCAAUAA